UAGGAGUAGCAGACCUGAGUCAGCACAUCGCCAAGAAAAUCGCUCUGCGUACAGCAAUAUUCUCUGUCCUUACGACUGUUAUAGCUGUGCUGAUAGGACUGACCCUGGUACUGCUGGUCGAGCCUGGGGCGGCUUACCACGUUGUCCGAGAUGAGGAGGAGGCGAUGGAAAAGGUCUCCUUCAUCGAUGCCUUGUUGGAUCUCGUGAGGAACAUGAUACCACAUAAUCUAAUCCAGGCUUGCUUCCAACAGUACAAGACUACGAGGCUGGAGUUUCCAAGUUACUCAUUCAAGUCAAACUCUAGCCUGAAAACGAAUGUCACUGUUGUGAAACUGGUGGGUCACUAUGUCAAUGGAGCCAACACGCUGGGCAUGAUUGUGUGUGCCUUUGUCUUUGGACUGAUCCUGAAGAGGAUGGGAGAAAGAGCCCAGAUCAUCGUGGACUUCAUCGUCAGCAUUAACCGGGUCACGAAAUUCCUAGUCGACUUGAUCAUGUGCUACUUGCCAUUUGGAGUGCUGUCCAUAAUUGCCGGCAAUAUUUUUGAGGUUUACGACUGGGAAACUGUGAACAAACUGACAGAGUUCAUAUUAGUGGUUAUUAUCGGACUCCUAAUCCAUGGAUUCAUAGCUCUACCGGCGCUGUAUUUUGUGAUUUUGAGAUGUAACCCAUGGCAUCUCAUUAAGGGCGUUUCCCCUGCCUUAUUCACUGCAAUCAUCAUCUCCUCCAGCUCGGCCUCGCUGCCGGUCACUCUUCGAUGCUGUGUGGACGAAAGCCAGAUCGACCGGCGAAUCGCCCGCUUCAUGUUGCCCAUCCUGACCACCGUCAACAUGGACGGGUCGGCCCUCUAUGAGGUGAUCGCCGUAGUUUUCCUCGCCCAGCUCAACGACAUCGAUCUGAACUUCAUCCAGCUAAUUGAAAUUGCCGUGUUAUCGGCGAUCUCCAGCCUCGGAGCAGCAGGGAUCCCGGCGACAGGAGCCGUGACCACCCUCUUUGUUUUGGCGGCGGCCGGCUUACCCUCGAAGGACGCCUCCGUCUUCUUCGCCGUGGAAUGGCUGCUAGACCGCUGCAACACGAUGGUUAAUGUGUUGUCGGACUGCAUCGGCGUGGCGAUUGUCCAGCACCUGUCCCAGAAGGAACUGGACAAAGUCGUGGAAGGAGGGCAGGAAAGCCCCAGGACGCCUAGUAAUGACGCUGAGGGACACGACACGCCAGGAUAAGCAGGUCCAUUUCAGACCCGAAGUCUGAUGAGUUUCAACACACCAGAAUGUGAACAAGGAACCAGAACAGGGUCUCCAGAGCCCCCCAAAAAUGUGAUGUAAAGUAGUGUAGUAGUGUUGUUGUAAUGUAGUAAUGUAAUGUAUUGGUUAAUUAUUGUAGUUGCCUUUUUAAUAUAAUAUAGUAAUAUUUUGGAAUUGAUAUAAUUGAUCUGAAUUUGAUUUUAUUUGCAUUGAUGUAAAAUGUAUGGAUAAUACAGGUGGUUGUGGAAUUAAAUAUGUUUAACAAUACUUUA